UACAUGGAGAGAACAUGAUAAAGAUAGUGAUAAACAUUUCAGAGGCAAUAUGCAAGGAAAUAAGAGUGUUGUGAGGCUCAAAUCUACCCGUUUUCCGUUGGAAGUCAACACCAAAACACUGAAAUACAACGCCCAGGAUGGAACCACCGGGUUCUCUUCGGAAACCACAUACUCCCUCGGUGACACCGUCGUAACUAUCAACAUAACCCAAGAGAUUUGCUCCGGUCGUGUAAAAACCGUGUACGUCGACAUCUCCGAGGACACUGGUAAGGGUUCUUUCGCUAAACUGAGCAUGCGAGUCACGAGAAACAAGAGGUACGGCAUUUUAUGCAAUUACAUGAACACCUUAUUCGGGGGAUCCUAUAAUUCGGUUAAGGAGAAUUACUGUGCGCCACCAUUACCGGAGAGAGAAAUGGUUCAUUAUAUUUGCGGUGAAAAUGGUUGCGGAGGAUGUUUCACUCUGGAGAAGAAGAAGGAGGAGUAUGGUACGGUAGUAAGAGUGCAGGCGACGCACGAUUUCAUGGUUGGCGAAGAAACCAUGCACAUGAAAGUGAAAAUAAAGAAUGACGAUAAAGGAAGAGAAGAAGAAGGGUUGAAUGUUGAAGUGGAAGGACCGGUGAAGCUUACAAAGGAUUAUGUGAACCAUGUGGUUUCGGGAAUGAGGAAGAAGAUGCUAAGUGCGAUUGAGACAAGUACGGUUUCACUUGCUAAAAACGGCACCGUUCAAGAUUCGUCUAAGGAUGGUGGCCGAGAAAUUGACAGUCGUGUAAAAUUGACAAUGUCUCGCGUAAGGAGUUAUGAACCCAAACCAUGACUUGUCAUUAGAUCAGUGUUACUUUUUAAACUUUUAAAUAAUUUCUAAAUACCGUGUGGAGAUAUUUAGAAAAAAAUAAAAUUAUGAUAUAGAAAAAAAUAUAACGGUGUCAACUAUUUAUAGAAUUAUAUUUUUAUCAAUGAGAAAAUAAAAUUAAAAUUUAAAACA